CUGUUGCGGACUUAUCACGCUCGGUGAUCGGGACAUAGUUUUGUUUAGUGUAGUAAAGAGAUUCUAAAGAUUUAUUAAAAAAAAAUUUUUAGUGAAGUAAAAUUAACUGCGAAGAAGCAGAAAAAAUUUUUUUUCGACAAAAACGAAAAAAAUAUUUUCGUGUGUGAACAAAAUCAACACAACACAUUCGUGGUUGUGCGUAGUGUCGCGUAUUUUUAUUUAACGCGUAUGGAAGACGAUAAACAACAUCUUAGAGUCUCAUUUUAAGUACAAUUAACAGUCGAGCAGCAGCAAGCAAGUACAUCAGUUACGGAUUAAAUUUUUUAGUGAAAUAAAAAAGUGAAAAAAAAAUAUUUUAAAAAUUUAAAUUUUUAUUAAUGGCAUCGAUCAAGAUUAAAAAAUUAUCAGAAAAAAAUAAUCAGUAUGAUAUUUAAUAUAAAAUUAAUAAAAUACAAUAAAAAUCCCGAAAAAAAUAGACAACUAGAAAAAACAUCAAAAACGAAUUUUUAGAAAAAUAAAAAAAAAUAUUGCCUUGAUAUAAAAUAAAUAAAUAAAAAUAUUUAUAAAUAAAUCAAAGUGCAGUCAAAAAUAAUUGGAUAUAAAAAGUUACACGUACGAAGCAGCAAUUAUUCACAACAUACAAUCCAUUAAAUCAAAUCAGGCAACACCGACGACGGCUGCCGAACGUCGAAGCUAAACUAUGGGAUUACACGGAAAUUAUUUGAGGGUCUCACAGAAUGCUGGCAAUCAACUUUUUGGUGUUCCACACAUUCCACGAACGAAUGGCGCUACCCCGCUUUCAAUGCUCAUUUCGCAGGGAGCGAAAUUUAACAAUAAUCGUAUAGCUGUGAUAAUAAUUGGAGUUUGUACAUUAAUAGCUGGAGUUUUAUUAGCAUCAGUACCAUGGUUAAAUUACUUUAUAUUAAAGAAUCUAAGACUGUGGAAUGGAACAUUAAGUUUCCAUUACUGGCAACGUCCAGGCGUAAUUAGAUUAACAAAAGUUUAUAUUUUUAAUGUAACAAAUCCCGAAGAGUUUCUCAAUGGUGAAAAGCCAAAAUUAGUAGAAGUAGGACCAUUUGUAUAUAGAGAAGACAUGAAAAAGGUGAAUAUACGAUUUCAUGAGAACCACACAGUUUCGUAUCAACAUGAAAAAAUACUUCAAUUUGUUCCUGAAUUGAGUGUUGAUAAGACGACGAGAAUAACAACACCAAAUAUUCCAUUAUUGACUUUAUCAACCCAAAGCAAUAGUUUAAGUUAUUUUCUUGCCAAAACAAUUUCAUUAGUGUUAACAGCCGCUAAGUAUAAGCCAUUUAUCUCAUUAACAGUAGAUGAAUUAGUGUUUGGAUACGAGGAUACACUUGUUAGUCUAGCACACAAAUUUUAUCCUAGAAAUAAACGGCCAAUGUCGAAAAUGGGACUAUUGAAUGGUCGCAACGGAACAUUGGCCGAAGUCGCAACAAUUCACACGGGACACAGUGGCAUGGAGAAAUUUGGCUAUUUUGAUCGGUUGAACGGGCUGGAUCACCUGCCGUACUGGGAAAAGGAGCCAUGUCGCAAUAUUUCCGCGUCGGAGGGCUCCUUCUUUCCGCCGAGAGCGGUGACGGGCGCCGAUACCGUGUACGUUUACGACAAAGAUUUGUGUCGCAGUUUGCCGCUUGUCUACAGAAAACCAGUUGUCAAAGACGGAAUUGACACGGACUUGUAUACGUUAGCGGAAGACGCUUAUGGCGGCACAAAGGCAGAAAAUCAGUGCUUUAACGAAAAUGGCAAUCAAACGGUGCAGGGCUUGCAGAACAUCAGUCCGUGCCAAUAUGGAGCCCCGGUGUACAUUUCGAACCCACAUUUCUAUCAAACGGACCCGAGUUUACUCGCUGAAGUGGAGGGACUCAAACCGGAUCCAAAUUUGCAUGGAACUUAUUUCAAAAUUCAACCUAAAAUUGGUGUGCCUUUGGAAGGAAAAGUACGAGUGCAGCUGAACUUGAAAGUGGAAAAUGCGCCACAAAUUGAAUCUGUGAAAAAUUUUAGGAGUUUUGUGUUUCCCAUUAUGUGGCUUGAAGAGGGCGUCAGUGAACUAACUCCUCAAAUCCGUCGCUGGAUCUACUUGGGAACAGUUUUCGCUCCCAUCGGACUUCCCCUUCUCUCGUAUUCCCUCAUCGUUGGUGGCUUACUCAUGGUCGUAUUCGUAUUUGUUCGCACCUACCAAACCUUCGUCUUCAGCUCGGACCCCACAACGGAGCUGCUUGAGAUGGGAAGACGCUCUUUGCGACGCGGCAGCAACAUGAUCGUCGACAGACAGCAUCGCAUCAUGGUGCAACGUGACUCGUAUCAAUUGCUCAAAAAUUUACCACCUGUGGUAGUAAAUGAAGAUUGCUGAAAGGAAAAUCUUCGAUAAAAAGAAAAAAAAUCAUCAGGACUGUGAAUUUUUUUAUACAUUUUAUUUAUAAAGAAAAAUCUUUGAAUGACGAAGGAUGAAUGAAAGUUAAGAAAAAAAGGUUAAAAAAAAGUGAGAAUGAUUGCAUUUCCGUCCAAUUUUCUUUAAAAUAAAAAAAAUAAACUAAGCUAAGUAGGAAAUAAAUGAAUUAUAGUUAACAUUGAUUGCUCAUAAAAAAAAUAAUCUUCCUAUGAAUAAAGAAAAAAAAUCAACACACGGACGACUUUCCCAUUAGAAAAUAGAUUCGAAAAUAUAAAUGUGGCUCUUAAACAUAUUUUUUUCAUACGGGUCCUCAAUAUUUAAUCCUCAUGCAGAUAUCACGCGAGUUGCCGAGCAAAAAAAAAAAUUAUCUGCAAAGCCAUAGCCAGAACGCAACCCAAAAUGCCUGAGAAGUAAAUAAGUGUUUAAAGUUAUUAAUCAGUAAGCAACAAAUCAUAACCGUAAAAUUUUAUCACCAAAUUACACACACGACCGCGACAGAUAAUCUGGUGUUUAAAAGAUAUUAAUCACAGAAAAAAAGUGCAAUUACCAUAAAAACGAGAUAAAAAUUGAAACAAUUGAUCGAUAAAUUGCCGUUUAAUAGAGUUUAAAUAAAUUAAUUUAAAAAAAAAUAAUGUUAAUCACGAAUCGUAUUUAAAGCUGUGAGUUAUGGUUAGUGAGGUUAAUUUUAAGAUUUAAAAAAAAAAUUAUCACAACUGCUCAAAAAAUGUUAUUUAUAGAAUAAGAAUUUUUUGUGUAAGGGAAGUAAAGUACCAGGGGACAUUUUUCGUCAAUUUUUUUUUUUUUUUUUGUAAAAAGGGUAAUCAAGUAAAAAUAGUCCUUUAUUUUCGAAAUACGCUUAUUUGUACGUUUUCGGACCAUUUUGAGAAUUUUAUUUAUAAGUUAUGAGAUAGGAAAAAAAACACAAUAGGAGUUGUAGUGAAAAUUAUUAGGAAUU